AGUCAAAUAUUUGGUGUAAAUAUUGUGAUUUUACUACAUUCUGAACCAAAAGUUGUGGAAUCACCAAAUCAUUUUGGCUCUUGAAACGAUGGAUUGAAAAAGUUGAAGUGAUUGUUGUGCUCGUAUGAUUCCAUAGAAAGUUCAAAAUCGGAGACAAUGUUUGGUAAUAUCGAUUCGCAAUAACAAGUAUUAGCCGAAAUAAAAACGUGCCGUGGCUAUUUGGAGUUUGAGUAGUGAAACACAACGAAAAGAGUAAACAAUGGCAUCCGCAUCCAGCAGCAGUGCAAAGAAUCUUUUUCACGAUUCGAAACGUCGUUUGGCCGAUCGAGUUGCCGGCACCGUGAAUAAUGUCGCUUCAACUGGACGUCAAAUUGUUCGUGGGUCACGAUCCAAUGAUAUCCUAAUGCAAGCGGCCAGAAAUUUUGCUCAACAAGAAACCACCAUGGAGAAUACCUAUCAAAAUCUCAAGAAAAUGGAACUGUUGCGUCAACACAUGGGCUAUCAAUGCGAUUCAAUCAUUGAAAAUUCGCGGAAAAUCGAAUUUCUCAAGGAACAAGUUGAGGCUAUGGAACGAUAACCAAUUACAAAAUUAUGCCACUCUAAUUUGUAUGUGAUUUGUAUCAAAGCUAAUACAAAAGCAAAUUGAAACAAAUUAAAAAGAAAAUUCACAUGAUUUCAGCAUAAAA